AUGGAAAAUAAGCGAAAUUUAACAUUUUUGGAAAAUCUUGGAAAAUCAAAACUAGCUAGCAGAUUUCUGAUAGCACCAUUAGACUCAGCGUCACGAAUCACGUAUGGGAAAUGCGUGCCAAUUCCUGUUGAAAUUAUUCGCGGAAGUGGUUCUACGACUAGUCGUCCAUCAUUGCCAUAUCAAUUAGAUUCACCAUUUCGCACCACACCACAGAAUGCUAAUUUUAUUAGUAAUCAUUCUCCAUUCUUCCAUACUACAACAACAAUGCCAUACAUAAAUAAUAAUCACAACAGCAGUUAUGAAUCUCGUGGAAUUCAUACACAUCAAGGUCCAAAAACAGCCUUUGAUAGACUAAUUAAUGAUUCAACAUUCUAUCAACCACCCAGUGGAAAUCCAUCAUUUUACCGACAAUCAUUACAAACUCAAUACCCGAGAAAUAGUCAAUAUAUUAGUACAGCAUCAAAUUUGAACGAACCAACAAUAACUUCUUUUCGUUCAAGUAAAGAUCUUUCCGAUCAAUAUUAUUCAUUACCCGAUUCAAUACUGCUAGAGCAUGCUAAUGGAAAUGACUAUGGUUAUUUACGUCGCCCUAAUUUCGAUAAUCGUUAUUUCCAACAAAACCCUACAUCAAGACGUUCGUACGAUGUUUUAAACGAUUAUUCCGAUAAGAACUUUAGAAAUUUUCCACGUGUAUGGUCUGGAUCUACGUUUACAACAGGCCAUCCGAAUGAACAAGAUGUAGCAGUAGAUGCCAAACAGUUAUCACAAAAAUAUGAUACAUACAAUAUACCAUAUCAAUCCAUUUUCCCAGGACAAACAGAUGGAACAUCAAAUGCAGAACAUGAUCCUUCUCGCUCGCCGGCUUCAAAUCGUAGAACAUCUCCCGGUGCACCACAACGAGAACAACAAUUUCAACAGUCCACAGAUGGACAAAAAUCAACACCAGUAUCAACCAAUAAUCCUGUGGCUCCGGAACAAACCGAAUCAAACUUACCUACCGCACCAAUCCCAAUGUCAUGUAAUCAAGAACAGACGCAACAAGAUCAACAAGUGCCCUCAACUGGAUCACCUGUUCAAUCUCAACCACUACAACGUGAUGCAAAUCAAAUCGCAAUAGAAAAAUUAGAAAAUAUUAAAACAAAUUUAGCAGAUUUAAGUAAACGUGUUGAUGAAUUUAAGGGUACUACGCGAGAUGAACGUUUGUAUAAAGAAUUAGAUGAACAAGCAGUAAAAUUAAUGAUACGAUGCGAUGAACUAGUCAAUGUACGAGAUGAAAUUAAGGAAAAACGAAAAGAAAUGAUUCAAAAUGUACAACAUGUACUUACAAAACUUGAAUUAAAAAUACCCACGUAUAAUAAUGAUAAUCAAACAAGAGACACUGCACUUGUUGUUUAUAGUUCACAGCUAGACACAUUAAAUAAAAAUAAUAGUUCAAUUGAUGAAUCAUUGUCAUCAACAACUGAAACGAGGUUACAACAAAAGCCAGUGGAUGCAACAGCAGUCACAACAAUAGUUGCAGAACAGCAACUAGAAACGUCUUCAUAA